GUCCGAUGCGCCGUUGCGCGAGCCGCUUGUGUGUUCGUAGCCGUCAUUUCUUUUUCCAAUCGUCAAAAUGGGUAUUGACAUAAAUCACAAACACGACCGAAAGGUUCGACGAACAGAGCCCAAGUCCCAGGAUGUCUACUUACGACUUCUCGUCAAGUUGUACAGAUUUCUGGCCCGGAGGACCAACUCCAAAUUUAACAAAAUCAUCCUCAAGAGGCUGUUUAUGAGCAGAAUUCACCGCCCACCCAUCUCUCUAGCUCGUGUAACCAGAUUCAUGAAAAAACCAGGUCGUGAGAACUCCAUUGCUGUUAUCGUAGGCACAAUCACUGAUGAUGCCAGAAUUUUCGAGGUCCCUAAACUGACUGUAUGUGCACUUCGUGUCACAGAUAAGGCACGUAGUCGCAUCUUGAAGGCUGGUGGUGAGAUAAUCACAUUCGACCAAUUAGCUUUGCGCUCACCGAUCGGUAGCAAGACUGUAUUGAUUCAAGGACCACGCAAAUCGCGUGAAGCUGUGAAACACUUUGGGCCUGCUCCUGGUGUACCACACUCACAUACCAAGCCAUUAGUACGCUCGAAGGGACGUAAAUUCGAAAGGGCACGUGGUCGCAGGCGCAGCUGUGGUUACAAGAAGUAAUCCGUUUUUGCGCGUUGUAAGUGAAAAAGGCGGAAAAUAAAACAAGAAGGUGUUUACAGAAAA